AUGGCCAUUGACAUACCUACAGCCAACGAAUUAUAUUGUCUAUUGGGUUCAGCCCCAUCAAGCAUCGAUUUUAAAGCUCUACUAUCCACAACAGAUGAUGUUAAGCCAACCAUAUCUAAACUAGCAGAUUAUGUUUAUUACGCCUUCAAACCUUUAGGCAUAUCAUUUUGCUUUACAUACAAAGAACGCACUGAAGCAGAAGCAUUGAAACCAGGCGCAACGCCUUCAAACAGUACAAGUAGCAACAAUGCUAUGGACAAUCUAAUUUUGGAUGCGAUAGACAUAUACAACGGUGAAACACCUGAUGGCUUUUUACCUUUCCAGCAGAAUAUCUUACUACCCUGUGGAAUUACCAGUAGUAUGCAUGCUUAUGAGAUUGUUCAAGCAUUAGGAGAACCAGACCGCAAGGGCGGAGGAGGACGAACCAGAAUGCCUUGUUGGAUUGAAUAUAAAUUUAAUAACACAAAUAAGAAAAAAGACUCAGGCUUGAUGAUACAAUUACACGGUGUGGAAUGGGAAGAUCGCGAAAUGGGAUGGUCAAGCAUCGUUCUCUAUUAA